CCCGUCUUGCCUUGCCCAGUGCACUGCCCCCUUUCCAAGAUGCCGCGUUACCCGACGAUUUCAAUGUGUGGUCUAUUUGGUGUGUAUAUAUAUAGAGAUAUUGUCGCUAAAUGUGUGAUAUGACCUUACCCUAACUACGACUUUAAUAACUACAUACGCGAAUCAUAUUAUCCAGCAUACUGACAGCAGCGCUAGUCAGGCUCGGGUUAAUAUAGCUUUUCCUCAGCCCAUUUACUGAUUCAGGGGAUGACUGCGGUCCAAUAGUUUGUCCUGCUGGUAAGCCUGCGGGCGCUAGUGCCUUUUAAGUGGGCCAAAUAUGCCGGUCGCAUUAAAGAAAGCGGGUCUUUUCAGGAAGUUGCUGCCACUCACCUCUGAAAGGCUACAGACACUUAGUCUUUUCAUUGCUCUUCCAUAAAAAGCAAGUCAUGAGCCGAUUCUGGUGUAAAACAGUCCUCCGCGCUGGCAGAUAUUUAGCUUUGCCCGUUAGACAUCCAAGCUACCGACCAUUCACUUUCUCUUUCCUCUUCCAGUGCAGGAAAAUUACCUCGGUUUCAAUGUCUCAACCACGCAUAUUUCCAGACUCGGGAUUUUACAUUUUGGAUUCGAAUACUAAAUUCGAAGAAGAAACUCUUCCUGAUUAUUUAGAGGAGCGCUAUUAUCCAGUUCGCAUUGGUGAAGUUUUUAAUUCUCAGUAUCAGGUCAUUACUAAACUUGGCUUCGGCUCAUCGUCAACUGUAUGGCUAUGUCGGGACCUUUGUCAUCGGCGUUAUUUGAUCAUGAAAGUUCACGUUCGAGCUAAAGGACAGCUCCCCGAGGUGGUGAUUUCGAAGCAUCUACAAGCUAUGCAUAGUACUCAUGGCGGUGAAAAGUAUGUCCGGCUUAUCCUUGACGCUUUUGAGAUUCCCGGACCUUACGGGGUGCAUCCAUGCCUCCUGUACGAGCCUGCUGGCAUCGAUAUACGUGAUUAUAUACACUGUCUUGAGGGAGAUAAAUUACCAGAGAAUCUCCUGCGGCCUGCCCUACGGUUUGUACUUAUUGCCCUGGAUUACCUACACCAAGCAAAUAUCAUCCACACAGAUGUCCAACCGAACAAUAUCCUUUUAGGUAUUGAUGAUGACUCCAUCCUUGCUGGAAUGGAAGAGGAUGAAAUCUCGAACCCCUCUCCACGAAAAGUGCUUACUGAUCGUAUUAUUUAUGCCACUCGUGCAAUGCCUUUGACAGACGGUGAACCGAUACUCGCCGACCUUGGAGAGGCGCGACUUGCUAAACAGAAACAAACCGGCCUUAUAAUGCCAAGUGUAUAUAGGGCUCCAGAAGUAUUGUUAGGUAUGGAAUGGGAUAAUAAGGUUGAUAUAUGGGCCUUGGGUCAGAUGGUAAGACUAUCAACCCCCUGCAUUAUGACAUCUAAUAAUUAUGUUCUUUGUAGGCAUGGACACUGUCUGAGCAAGGACAUCUCUUCAGAAAUAUAAGCCUUGAAACCGAGACUGAGAAAGCCCAGCGUAUCGCAGAAAUGAUUUCUCUUCUAGGACCGCCCCCUGUUGAGUUUCUUAGACGAAGUAAAGAAAGUCUUAAAUUUUGGGAUGAGGACGGUGAGUGAACUUUGACUGCUUUUCAAUAUGACACGAAUGACUUAUCUACGUUGUAGGUAACUGGAAAGGUUCUACAAAAAUCUCAGAGCAAUCUCUUGAAUGCCGUGAAUCUCAGCUUGAGACUGAUAGUCAAGUACUGUUCCUCCGAUUUCUACGAAAGACUCUGCGGUGGUUGCCGGAGGAAAGACCAGCCGCGAAGGAGCUUUUGCUAGACGAGUGGUUGAGAGGAGAUGAUUACUAGAUUUUGAUGCAUACAACUGUGUCGACUCUCCUCUAGCCGCAGCAUUAUUACGGGUUCAGAUUAGUGAUAGUUCGCUAUCCUUGUCAUCCAUGAAAGUUGGUUGGCUCAUGCAAUAAACGCCAGCUGCCUGAACCCCUAGAUACGUCUAUCACUACAUUGUGUACCCUGUAGUUGAAAGCGAUCACCU